AUGCCUGGCUUAUGCUAUGGGCGAGUAUCUAAUUAUUGCUGUUACUGUGGUUGUCAUCAUGCUGAUGGUGUCCUGCAAUCUUAUUCUAGGGAUAACGUAUCCAUCCUCAGCUCCCAGCCAGAGGGCAGCCUGCAGUCCUGGUUGAGCUGUACUCUGUCCAUGGCCACGGAUACUAUGAGGACUCCUUCUCGACAGUCAGUCACCAGCAGCCGCAUCCUCAGCCCCAGGAUAAAUGAGGAGGCUGGGGACGCUGAGAGGACCCAGUCGGCACUGAGCAGAGCCUGGUCCGCAGAUGUCCGCAGCAAGACCUCAGGAGACAAGCCUGUUUCUCCCCACUUCCUCCGCCGGCAAAAGUACUGUCAUUUUGGGGACGGCGAAGGGCUUGCUGUCCAGGGAAAGUCCACAGAGAGAUUAGAAGCUGCGUCAUCUCCCCUGGCUUCUCGGAGUACAAAUACAUCCCCGCUGUCGAGGGAAAAGCUGCCCAGUCCUUCAGCGGCCCUCUCGGAGUUCGUGGAAGGGCUCCGGAGGAAGAGAGCCCAGAGAGGCCAGGGGUCCACGCUGGGCCUGGAGGACUGGCCCACUCUCCCCAUUUACCAGACGACUGGGGCUUCCACACUAAGGAGGGGCAGGGCUGGCAGUGACGAGGGAAACCUCUCGUUGAGGGUUGGGGCAAAGUCACCCCUGGAAAUCGAAGGGGCCGCUGGUGGUCUCUUGAGGUCCACCAGCCUCAAAUGCAUCUCUUCAGAUGGUGUUGGGGGCACGACCCUACUCCCCGAGAAGGCGAAGACCCGAUUCAGUUCCUGCGAGUCCCUCUUAGAAUCCAGACCGAGCAUGGGGAGAAAACUGAGCUCCCCGACCACACCCAGGGACAUACUGUUGUCACCCACACUGCGUCCUCGGAGGCGGUGUCUGGAGUCCUCUGUGGACGAUGCGGGUUGUCCAGACCUUGGAAAGGAGCCGCUCGUUUUCCAGAACCGCCAGUUCGCCCACCUGAUGGAGGAACCCCUAGGCAGUGACCCCUUCAGCUGGAAACUCCCAAGCCUCGACUAUGAACGCAAGACCAAAGUGGACUUCGAUGACUUCCUCCCAGCUAUCCGGAAGCCCCAGACGCCUACAUCCUUGGCUGGCAGAGCAGCCAAAGGUGGACAAGACGGUUCACAGCGUUCAAGCGUCCACUUUGAGACGGAAGAGGCUGACCGUUCCUUUCUCUCGGGGAUCAAGACCAUUUUGAAAAAGAGCCCGGAGCCCAAGGAGGAUCUUGCUCACCUGUCCGACUCAUCCUCAUCCUCCAGCUCCAUCGUGUCCUUCAAAAGUGCUGACAGCAUCAAAAGUCGACCAGGAAUCCAACGACUUGCGGGUGACGGUGGUGAGGGAACGUCCCCCGAGCACAGAGAGCCAGGGGCGGGGAGGAAAGACGACGAUGUUACAAGCAUAAUGAAAAAAUAUCUCCAGAAGUAGGCACCAGUUCAGCCUCCUUGAAGCUGCCCUUGAAGACUUCCCGACUCUACAAUAACUUGGAGACAGAGAGACUGGCCAGGCCUCCGCAGUGGCCAAAGCCAGCCAGCAUGGCCACCCUCAAGAGACAAGACGGGCCCACAAAGGCAAAUCCUGCGGGGAUGCUGGGCUCCCAGUGUGGUUGGCCUGAACAAAAUAAAGUGUUGACUCCUGG